AUGACUGGUUCGUUCUCNUUAGCAUCUCAUGACUGUUUCGUUCUUUUUUACAAUUUCUUUGCUAAACAGGGAGUUUUGAAGGCACUAAACGUCAACAAACUGACUUCGGCUGGCUGCAAGGUGAAGAUCUGGAUUGCAGAUUGGUUUGCGCAGCUAAAUAACAAGAUGGGUGGUGAUCUGAAGAAAAUUGAGGUUGUUGGUCAGUAUUUGAUUGAGAUAUGGAAGGCUGUGGGAAUGAAUCUUGAAGGGGGUCAAGUGGAAUUUCUAUGGUCUUCAAAAGAGAUUAACUCUAGAGCUCAUGAGUACUGGCCACUUGUUAUGGACAUAGCUCGAAGGAACAAGCUUCCCAGGAUUUUAAGGUGCUGCCAAAUUAUGGGUCGGUCUGAGCAAGAUGAGUUGACGGCAGCCCAGAUUUUUUACCCAUGCAUGCAAUGUGCUGACAUAUUCUUCCUUAAGGCUGACAUAUGUCAACUAGGCAUGGACCAACGGAAGGUUAAUGUACUUGCAAGAGAGUACUGUGAUGACAUCAAGAGGAAAAACAAGCCUAUCAUAUUGUCCCAUCAUAUGCUUCCUGGUUUGCAGGAAGGUCAAGAGAAGAUGUCCAAGAGUGACCCCUCUUCUUCCAUCUACAUGGAGGAUGAAGAGGCAGAAGUAAAUCUCAAGAUAAAGAAGGCUUUUUGUCCACCAAAGGUCGUAGAAAAGAAUCCAUGUCUGGAGUACAUCAAGUAUAUCGUCCUCCCUUGGUUUAAUGAAUUCAAACUUGAGCGAAGUGCUGAGAAUGGUGGUGACAAGACCUAUAAGAAUUUUGAAGAAUUAGCGGCUGACUAUGAAAGUGGGAACUUGCAUCCUGCAGACCUGAAACCUGCAUUGUCAAAAGCAAUCAAUAAGAUAUUACAGCCGGUGCGCGAUCAUUUUAAGAAUGAUCAGAAAGCCAAAGACCUUAUGAAAAGGGUGAAGAGUUUCAAAGUAACGAGGUGAGGUCUAGUUGAAUGAAAUGACGUGGGUUAGGAGCUGGUGAUGGCUGUCUGGAGGUUCCAUCCCAUUUUUCUCCUGUUUCAAAACCUUAAUAGCUUGGUUUUCCAAGAGACGUUAACAUCAUAGACAUUCACCAUUUUGAUCUAAUAUAUCUUAUUCUUGUGUUAUUGAAAUAUCCGAAUCAUAAGACUGAAUUUUGUAAACUGUGAUUUCACAGAGGAAAUGCCUCUGACACACUUGUUAGAAUUUAGCAACAUGGUCAUUUCCAGAUAGGAAGUAAUGUCUUUAUCAA